AUGUCUACUAGAAUAGAUGCAAGUAACAGAGCAUUGAGACAUCAACAUACAUUGCUAUUACAGAAUGCGAAGAAACAACAACUUAAAGGUCCUGUAACGAAAUGGGAGAAGAAAUGGGUUACUGUAGGUCAUUUGAAACUAUUAAAAUGGAUAGCAUUGAAACCAAAGAAACCUGUUGUUGGUAAUCAAGCUGUUGCAAGAACAAAAGAUAAUGUACCAAAUAAAGCUGCAGAAGUAUCAAAUACAAUUAGAACAAGAUCAAAGAGAGGUUCUACAACAGAGGGUGGAGCAUCACUUGUAGAAACAGAGAUGGAGAUGAUCUAUUUAAAUAGUUUACCAAAGACAAGAAGCAACAGUAGAAGAUUAGAAAAGAUUCAAAAGAAAUUACAAGAGAAUGCAGCAACUAAAGAUGAUGGUACUGACGAGAGUUCAUCGACUACCACUACAACAACCACUACAACAUCUACGGAUGAUAGCAGCGGUAGACCAAAUAGUUUGAAGAAGAAGAUAUUCAUUAAUAAGGGCGCUGGAUUGGGUGCUGGCAACGCCGUACAAUCGGUACCAUCACCGUCGUCAUUGGCUUCAAGUGGAAUAGGCAGUAUCGAAUCACAGAAAGAUCAAUCAUCUACACCGAGAGGUCAAAUCAGUAAUGUUAACAAUCAACAUGAUGACGACGAUGAUGAUGACGACGAGGAAGAGGAUCUUAGCAAGAUGGAGGACGACGAUGACGAUGACGAUGACAAGAUGAUGGGUGCUCAUCAUCAUCAUUCAAAUAGAGCUGCCGAUGAAGAGGAUGACGAUGACUCUGAUGACGAUCAGGAUUUACAAAGAGGAGGAAAAGCAACAGACAGUCAAAUGGAUGAUGAUGACGAUGAAGAAGAAGGUGCAUACUAA